UCCGAAGAAAAACAUGGUUCGUGUAGAUCUACAUGUGUUGCUGUAAUUUAACAGUGUCUCGGUUUAAUUGAUUAGAUUUAUUGUAGUUUUCCUAUUUAGAUCGUCGGUACCCUCCCAUCAAAACAAGAAGGUACUGAUAACUGCACCUUGGCGAUUCUUCUUCGAGGGAGGUUUAAUUUACCUGUAUUCAAAAGAGGAGAAGUGGUGAGAUCACGACUGGAAUAUGGGAAAGUCCAGUAAAGACAAGAGAGAUGUGUAUUACAGGCUGGCAAAGGAGGAAGGAUGGAGAGCCCGCAGUGCAUUCAAAUUACUACAGAUUAAUCAAGACUUUAACCUUUUCCAAGGUGUAAAAAAAGUGGUAGAUUUGUGUGCUGCCCCAGGAAGCUGGAGUCAGGUGUUGUCAAGGAAACUCAGAGGCGAGGAUGGUAAAGGUGAGGAUGUCAAGAUUGUAGCAGUUGAUCUGCAGGCCAUGGCACCCAUCCCAGGUGUUAUCCAGCUACAGGGAGAUAUUACAAAGAAAUCAACAGCGCAGGAAAUCAUUGGCCAUUUUGAAGGGGAACAGGCUGACCUUGUAGUGUGUGACGGAGCACCAGAUGUGACUGGACUUCACGAUAUUGAUGAGUAUAUUCAAGCACAACUGUUAUUAGCUGCACUGAACAUCACUACUCAUGUCCUAAAGACCGGUGGAACAUUUGUUGCUAAGAUAUUUCGAGGCAAGGAUGUGACGUUGCUGUAUUCCCAACUCAAAGUAUUUUUUCCACUAGUGUCUAUUUUUAAACCGAGGAGUAGUCGGAACUCCAGUAUAGAGGCUUUUGUUGUCUGUCAGGGCUACGCUCCACCUGAAGGCUACCAGCCAAACAUGUCCAACCCUCUCCUGGAUCAUCGCUAUGAUGUUGAUUUUAACAACCUGGAGGGUCCUAACCGUGUCAUAGUUCCGUUCUUAGCCUGUGGAGACCUCAGUGGGUUUGACUCUGACAGAACCUACCCACUCCAGUUGGAGGAAGGAAAGGACUACACCUACCACCCUCCUACACAGUCUCCCAUCAGUCCCCCAUAUAAAGAGGCCUGCCACCUCAGGAAGACCGACCAACUUGCAAAACAGGAAGUACAGACAUCUUGUCCGGCUGCCAUGGCAACUGGAAAUGUUGAUGAAUCAGAAAAAACUGUUGAAGGAGCCUGUGGUGGCGUAGAGUUUUCUCACAAAAGUGAUAAAGACAGAAUAGAUAACAGAAUGUUACAGGAGGGAAAACCACACGAGGACGCCAGUACUUUAAAUGUACGAUCAAAACUUAGUGAAUUGACUUUGGACCAUUAACUUAAAUAAUAUGUCACAAAAAUAAAAAGAAAACCAUUAA